AUGUCCGUGCCGUGGCUAAAAGGGUCAACGAAGAGGUCUACUGCAGGGAGAGUUAUAUCGACAUCCAAUGGGUUAGGAGGCAUAGGCGCGCAGAUAUUCUCUGGAGGUGUGAAGGAUCCUACUGGGAAGACGACAGAGUACUCCUCUAUGGAGGAUGAAUGUCCCGUUUGCAAAAGCGAUAGGUAUCUCAACCCAAAGCUUCGCCUCUUAGUCAGCACCUGCUACCACAAAAUGUGUGAGUCCUGUAUCGAUCGAUUGUUCACUCUGGGGCCAGCUCCGUGUCCAAUAUGUGGCAAGACGCUCCGUAAAAUGCAGUUUUCGCCGCAAACAUUCGAAGAUCUUGUUGUUGAGAAAGAGGUCGCAGUUCGGAGGCGAAUGGCGAAAGAAUUCAACAAGCGCAGAGAGGAUUUCCCUGACCUAAAAUCAUUUAAUGAUUAUCUUGAAGAAGUCGAGGACAUCACGUUUAACCUAAUCAACGGAAUUGACACCCAAAAGACGGAGGAACGAAUAGCAGCAUUUCGGGCUCAAAAUGCGACGAUAAUUGAACUCAAUAUACAACGAGACGAGCGCGAAGCAGCGAUGGUCCGCGUCGAGGAGGAGCGGUUGAAAAAGGAGCAAGCAGAUCGCGCCGAAGAAGCGAGAUUAGAAGAGGAAGAAGAAAGAAAGGAGCGGGAGAAACGUGAAAGAGAUAUUAUUGAUGGUCUGCAACAAAGCAAUGCUUCUGCUUCCAAAAUUAUAGCCAGGACACGUGCUGAGGCAGCUAAAAGGGCCAAAGUCGCAAACGUCCAAGCUGUCCAGCAAACCUCAGCCGCAACUGCUGCUACCGCUGCGCAGCGUAUCCGUUCGAACGUCAAAGACAUUCCGCAUGUUCCCUUCACAGACCCAUAUUACUCCGAGACUGGCCAAGGUGUAUGGGGGAAAUUCACGCUUAAAGAAAAGUAUGUUGAUCCUGGGACAGAUGGUAUACUAAGAGAUGUUGGGAUUAUCGGUGGGAACGAAGUUGCCAAAGCGGGCGGAUAUGAUGUAAGGGAGGUCUGGGAGCGAGCAGUGAGGAUGAGCAUUGAGGGUUUGGGCAUCGGGGUCAGCCAAUUGUCAUUAGAGGCGGAGACGAGCCAAGAACACAACGAGAAUGACAAAAGUACCGAAAUGGCUCCGGCCAAGUGA